AUGUCAUUUAUGUCGUCACAUCAGGAUUCUUCUGAGGACGCAGCUUCUUUGUUGGGCCGCCUCUCAAGAGAUAUCAAUAUCGAGACUCCUGUCAAGGCCCUUCCUGAUCCUCUUACUCCACUUCCUUCACCUGGCAGCGUGUUGGGCCGCAUACUAGCCGCCCAGUUAGUCAGUUGGGUCGACAUCUUUAAGAUCAUGCCACACUUCACUAUCCUUAUGAAAUAUCUGGAAAGGAAUCAGAUCAAGUGGUAA